AUGGGAGGAUCAUCAUCAUUAAGCUCGUUUGCGAAGAAAGAAAAUCUCUCGUUAGAAAAUAAAGAAAAAGAAACAAAAGAGAAAAAAGAGAAGCAAAAAUAUCCGAAAUAUUCUGUUUCAUCUUUAAAGAGUGUAGAACGCAUACGCAAAUUCAAAUUGAGUCUUACUGAGUUUUUAACAGUGUCGCAAAUGAUUCUUGAUUCUGAUUAUGAUAAUGGCCGAAUUGAGUAG